AUGUCCGCUACUCCUUCUACAUCCAUUCUUUCCCAGGUCGAUGGCUCGGCGCAGCUUCUCUUGGGACCAAUAAAAGUGCUAGCCUCAGUGACUGGCCCGAUCGAAGCCAAGGCCAGACAAGAAUUGCCAACUCUAGCGUCUUUGGAAAUAAUAGUUAGACCCGCCACAGGCGUAUCGCUGACGAGAGAAAAGCUCUUGGAAGAUAAGUUGCGCUCUUUGCUUCAGUCAAUAAUCGUAAGACACAAGUACCCAAGACAAUUAAUCCAGGUGGUUAUUCAGUUCUUGUCUAGUGAUUCCGACCACUCAGCGAAUGCGAAAGCAUUCACAUCGAACGAAUUGAAUGCUGCCAUAAAUUGCGUCUACUUUGCUCUUAUUGAUGCCAAUAUUGCCCUCUUCAGUUCAUUUGCAUCGGUUUCAUUGUGCAUUUUACCUUCCAGCGACUCGUUCAUCCUCAACCCUACUAUCGCUCAGCUCAACGAGAGUGAAUCACAUCACGUCAUCUGCUUCGACAUAAAAGACAAGCAGGCCGAUAAAAUUUUACUCGUAGAGUCCCAAGGUUCCUUUUCCGAGAAGCAGUUCUAUCUCGCCAUAGAUGAGGCCAGCAAAGAGUGUGAAACUAUUCAUAACAAGUAUCAGAGACACUGUAUCGUAGAGAAGAUCAGGGAAGAUUUUGUGUGGAAGUUCUGA